GUAAACCCCGUAGUGCAUCGCCAAAUACGUUGUUGGUUGUGUUUCGCGUGUAUUGUACACACGAAUAUUCAGUAAAAUUGAAGUUAAAAUCACCACGGAAGACAACAGUUCUGACAUUUAAGUAAAAACCUUGGAGUUGAAGGAAAACAUUGGAAGUCAGUCUCGGUAGAAUAUCUUGCCAUGAAGGGCAGAAAUUGCUAUCACUAAUAUAUUGAUGAAGGACAAAGAAAAUAUGGCUGAGGACUUUGAUGUUGAAGCCAUGUUGGAGGCACCAUACAGAAAGGAGGACCACGACGAAAAGGAAGUUUCAGAAAGCAGGAACAGUAAAAAAUCGAGCCGGCGGAGGAGUCGCAGUCGUAGCCGUGGAAGGGAUCACAGAUACAGGCGAAGAAGUAGAAGUAACAGUCGCAGCAAAAGUCGUCAUAGACGUAGCCGCAGCAGAAGUCGCCACAGACGAAGUCGCAGCCGCAGCAGAGAUAGGGAUAGGCGUUAUGGUGGUAGUUAUAGGGAUCGUUAUCGUAGAAGUCCUGACAGAAGUCCAGACAGAAGGAAAAGGAAAAGUUACAGUCCUGUUCGUGGAAAAUAUGACAGACAUGAUAGACAAGAGAAGAAAAAAAGCAAGAGCAAGAGUCCCAGUCCUAUAAAAAAGAAAGAUUUACCAGACCUACCACCAGAGGAAAGAGAUGCGAGGACAGUUUUUUGUUGGCAGUUGUCUCAAAAGAUUCGCCCCAGGGAUAUGGAAGAAUUUUUUUCUUCAGUUGGAAUUGUUCGAGAUGUAAGACUUAUUUCUGAUAGGAAUUCAAGGCGAUCUAAAGGAAUUGCAUAUGUUGAAUUUCAAGAUAAAAACAGUGUCCCAUUGGCACUUGGUCUAAGUGGUCAAAAGUUGUUAAGUAUUCCAAUCAUGGUACAGGCUUCACAGGCAGAGAAGAACAGGGCUGCACAAAACUCUCAAAACUUACAAAAAGGCAAUUCUGGUCCUAUGAGGCUGUAUGUAGGAUCAUUACAUUUUAAUAUUACUGAAGAAAUGCUGCGGGGAAUUUUUGAGCCAUUUGGAAAGAUUGACAAUAUUCAACUGAUGAAGGACAAUGAAACGGGAAGAUCAAAAGGUUAUGGAUUUAUUACAUUUCACGAUGCGGAAGAUGCAAAGAAAGCCUUAGAACAGCUGAAUGGAUUUGAAUUAGCAGGACGUCCAAUGAAAGUUGGCCAUGUCACUGAAAGGUCUGAUGCAGCUACUGAUGCUUCAUUUUUGGACAGUGAUGAUUUAGAAAGAUCUGGUAUAGAUCUUGGGACAACAGGACGAUUACAACUUAUGGCCAAAUUAGCUGAAGGCACAGGUUUUCAAGUUCCGGCUGCCGCAGCUGCAGCCCUUAAUCCUUUAGCUGGUUUACCAGGUAUUGGACUGCCAGUACUGCCAGGGACAACACCACCUCAAGUUAUGCCACCACAGCCUGUCAAUUUACAAGCGUCACUUGCAGCAGCACAACAACAAGCUCAGCAGCAGGCCGCAGCAUUGCAUCAACCACCCCCAACUGUUUCAAUGCCAUCAAUAGCAACACCAUGCUUUAUGUUAUCCAAUAUGUUUGAUCCCACAAAUGAGACCAGCUCAGGUUGGGACAGAGAAAUCCAAGAUGAUGUGAUAGAAGAAUGCAACAAACAUGGGGGCUGUGUUCAUAUAUAUGUAGAUAAAACCAAUCCUUUGGGUGUUGUAUACGUUAAAUGUGCCACUGUACAGAUCGCACAGAUGGCAGUUAAUGCCCUACAUGGACGAUGGUUUGCUGGAAAAAUGAUAACUGCUGCCUAUGUUCCUCUUGCCAACUACCACGCACUGUUUCCACAGGCCAUAGCGAUGACGCAACCACUUAUUGGCUCGGCACAACAUCCGUGAUAAUCAUAAGCGUUAGACAAUUUUAACAAAUUUUUAUCUACGAGUAUCAUGACAUUUUUUAUCAAUCAUGAAUUCAGGCAAAAGUUAGAAAGUAAGCAGUUUUUGUCACAAAUUCAGUUUCAUUGUUUUGUUUGUCUUUGUAAAUUUGAAAGAGUACAUUGUGGAGAUAUCAACAAAUUAAGCGUUCAUGAAUAGUUACAUGCUCUUACUACCUAGUAGUAUGAAGGAGAUGUUUAGUUGUGUCGCUUCUAUUUUGUGAUUUCUGUCCUUUUCAAUUUUGUUAUUCUUAAAUAACUGUUAACCAUAAUGCUGGCUGUAAACCUGUACUCUGUCAAACUGCUGUGUAAUUUACUUUUAUGAAUAAAAGACUAAAAGUUAUUUUCAGU